AUGUCCGAAUCUUCUACAAUAGAUCCAUACAAGACGCUGGGAAUCACUAAAAAUGCGACGAUUGCUGAAGUAAAAAGCGCGUAUAGGAAACUGGUGCUUCAGUGUCACCCAGAUAAGAUCAAGGACGAAGAACUACGGAAAGACUCCUUGCCCAGGUUUCAAAAAGUGCAAUCCUCUUACGAGUUACUAAUGAAUGAGGAAAGCCGGGCGGAAUACGAUAAUAAAGCGCGGCACGCCGACCAGGGAAGGAAAUUCCAAACAAAGACACGGAAAGAUGAUGCUGGCUCAACUACAUACCAACCUUCGGCAUUCGCAAAAUCAUACGAAUAUCGAGACGGGGCUUUAUACGAAGAGCGUGCACCUAAAAGCAGCAGUCGAUUCUUUGAGAGCGAUGUGCCUUUUUCUGAAGAACCCCGACCUUCGUCGAGGAAAUACGACGGAUACAGGAAGAAGCAAUAUACAGAGGAAAAGGAAAAGAAGAAGAGCAGACAAUCAAACCCGCCAGUCCCGAGUCGUUCAAGCAAGGACCAUACACGUGACGCUCGGGAGUCUGUGAAAUCAAAUCGCUCGGAUCGUGCAAAAAACAGAGACAAGGAGCGAAAGAGAGAUCGAGUUCAUUCAGAGAAACACCCGAAAGCUUUUGUGGUCAGUGAACCGGAAACUGAAACUGAUUCAGAUAUUCAAUAUUAUACCAACGAGACUCCGGAUACGCAGCAUUAUACUGCUACAAGUUCAGAUAGGCAACAGUAUACUGCUACAACUUCGGAUAGGCAACAGUAUACUGCUACGGCUCCGGAUAGGCAACAGUAUACUGCUACGGCUCCGGAUAGGCAACAGUAUACUGCUACGGCUCCGGAUAGGCAACAGUAUACUGCUACGACUCCGGAUAGGCAACAGUAUACUGCUACAAGUUCAGAUAGGCAACAGUAUAAUGCUACAACUCCGGAUAGGCAACAGUAUGCUGCUACGACUCCCGAUACGCAGCAACAUUCCUCCACAGACCCAGAGUACCAACAGUAUACUACCAUGCCCCAGCCGCAGCCGCAGCAGUAUGAAGAACAUCGAAGGAGAUCCAAGCCGGAUUCCAAGGAAUCGUCAACGAGACAUUUUAAGGACGAUGAGGAGGAUUAUACGGAGGAUUAUACGGAGGAUUAUACGGAGGAUUGGUCUUCGUCGAAAUUAGACGACGCUAAAAGGUAUAUCCAACGAUCGAAAAGCGGUGGGUAUUCAUACGAUACUGACCGUCGUUCGUCUUCCUCGUGGUCGUCUCCUUCUGCCCAUCGUGCCGUGCAUGUCGAUCCUCCCCGCCGUUCGCCUGCAACAACCCGAACCAGGGACUCUCCACGGCCCAGCUUAUCCGGCAGAGAUCGCAGGGGAUCAGCCGAUGUACCGGACUCAUCUCUGAAACCCCACAUGUCGCCUCGAAUUCCUACCUUGCAAAGCACCACUUCUGCACCCUCGGGGUUUAAGCCACCCUUCUCCUUUCCAUCUCAUCGAUCUGCUCCAAAAUCCCAUCCUCCACUCCCCCGUCGAUCAGAGACCUUGCCAUACUCAGUCUUAUCUCGUCACCACACGGAAAUUCCAUCCUUCCUAUCCUCAAAGGUAAGGGAGCCCGUUGACUCCGGCUAUUCCAGUCCUGGGACACCAGAAAUGCGCACGGGAACAAGCCCACCAGUAUCAGGUAGAUAUACUGUCGUCGAGGACAGUGAAAAUUACAUGUCCCAUCGAUCUGUCCGCAUCGACCCCACUACUGGUUUUUAUAGCAACGUCAGACGGAACCAGAGCAUUUCUCCGACGCGUCGUCAAUCCUCGUCCAACCCACCACCUCCGCCACCCCUCUCCAGGUCCAGGACUUAUAACAACUACCCGCUAGAUCACAACAACAUGCCAACUUAUUACGAGUCGAGUGCCAUACCUUCAUUGCGAACCACCGCACCAACCCCUUCUGGAGCGGGCUUGUUUGGCGAAGUCCCACCAAACCAAUAUGAAACGCCUAAGAUAAUAAUUCCCGACAGUGACAUUCGUUAUUCUCCCCAUUUAUCCGAGAAAAACAUUCGGUACAGUUACGUUCCGAGCUCGAGGAAGGGGUCUCUCGAUCCUAAUGGAUAUCGAUAA